CCCGGACAAUUCAUCGAACGCAACAGUUUCCGGUGAGAAGUAAACAGAAGUUUGACAUUGGUCGCAUUUACUAACGUUAAAUAUGGUUUCGCUAUCCCUAAAUUCGUUAAAACAAAUAAUGAGAGCUAUGGUAGAUAAUCCAGGCUUCGACAGAGUCCUGAGCAAGAUACCUAUGUGUUUCCCUCAGGUGGACGUUUUGUCUGCCAGCCCAGGUAAGGUGGUGUGUGAGAUGCGGGUAGACGAGGAGCACACCAACCGGGGAGGGACGCUACACGGCGGGUUGACAGCCACCCUGGUCGAUGUCAUCUCCACCAUGGCUAUCAUGUACACUGAGAGGGGAGCACCAGGAGUCAGUGUGGAUAUGAACAUAACAUACAUGAAUGCUGCCAAGAUGGGAGAGGAUGUACUCAUUACUGCUCAGGUUCUGAAGCAAGGACGGACGCUGGCGUUUGCCACUGUGGACCUCACCAACAAGGCCACAGGGAAGCUUAUAGCACAAGGAAGACACACUAAACACCUUGGCGGCAGCUAAACUAUCUCUAAAUCAGAUAUCAUGUAACGAUACUGUCAUAACAAGGGACUCUGAGUGAAUAUGUAAACUAACCUUUGCCUGUAGUUUGCAAAACUACUGACUGUACAAAAAAAAAAUGUAAUCAACAGUGGGGAGUGCAACGAAUACUUCUCACGGCUGCUUACUUAGAUAUUUGUUACCACUGCUGCAUAUUUGUUGUCGAACAGUUACAGAAAAAACUCAGAGUCAAUCCUGACCUAACUAUUGUAUCAAUGGUACUGCUUCAUGCACAUGCAAUAAAACAAAUAGACAAGA